CUUUAUAAAUGAAUAACUGCAAUUAAAAAUCUUAAUUUAAAAUAAUGAACAGAAAAAUCACACUUUUGAUUUUAUUAGCAUGUGUUGUUUGUGUUGCAACAUUCAUGUUUUCAUUUGCCCCAUCAGGUAUUUUAUUAAAUUUAUCAAAGAUGCUGAAUUGAAAUUGAAAAAGAGUCACUCAUUCUCAGCUUCAAAAAAUCAUGAAUGGGGAUUUGAUGGAUACACUUCUUAUGAUAAAGAGUGCCAAUAAAAAUGUACAGCUGCUAAAGGUAUGAGUUGUGGAAAAGCUUAAUAAAAUUGCUGCAAAGCAAGCGAAUGUAAGGAAGAAAGCAAUUGGUAUGGAACUUCAUUGGUCUGUAAUGCUAGAAUUCCAGUUGAAGGCUGCACUAAGCCAAAGUGAGAAUGAAAACAUUCAUUUUUAAAUAUUCAAAAAUCAUAAAUUGUUAUUACAU